UAUAGUACCCGAUGUUACUGGUAGUGCACUAAAAAUACUCGAGAAGUCUGUCUGAACUCUUUUCGGUUCUAGGGAUCAGAAGAAGCAGCCCUACGUGCGGGAAACGACUGAUUGGUAAGGUCCUGUCCCAUGAAAAUGAGGAAUUUGAGUUGGUUUCGGUGACUGGAAAUGACUCGAAGGAGAGAAGAGCAGCUGUGUUGGUAUGUCUCUUGGAGGGCCAUGAAGGGGAACUUCGGGUUAUACUCACUAAAAGGUCCAUGAAGUUGUCUUCUUACCCGGGGGAUGUGGCAUUGCCAGGUGGGAAGAUGGAAGAGAAUGAUACCGACGACGCCGCGACAGCUUUACGGGAAGCCCUGGAAGAGAUUGGCCUGGAUCCUAAUCUCGUUGAAGUUGCCGCAACUCUUGAGCCCUUCUUCUCCCAGCAUCUUCUGAGGGUUGUCCCCGUGGUGGGCCUGCUUAAAAGCCCAGACGAGUUUGUACCUAUACUCAGCUAUGAUGAGGUGGAUGCUAUUUUUGAAGUCCCCUUGGAGAUGUUCCUGAAGGAUGACAAACACAGGUAUGAGGAAAGGGAAUGGAGAGGGUGGAAGUACAUUCUUCACGCCUUCGAUUUCCAAUCGAAUGGGGAAUUGUUUCAUGUAUGCGGAUUAACAGCAAGAAUUUUGAUACGAGUGGCCUCGAUUGUGUACCAACGAUCUCCAUCCUUCAACAUGCAAGCUCCCGACUUCCAGCACUUGCAAGUGGCGCUGGAUUUCCCGAUAGUUAUCAUGAAUGUCGAAACUGUGUUCUAUCUCUCUAUUGCUACAUAAUUGCAAAUUACUUCUUGAUGUGCUGGCUAUUAAUCUUUCAUGCUCAGAUCGUCAGCUAUGGAUUCCUUUAGAUUUUAAUAAUACCUAGUUACGGAGAUGCAAAUGAUUAGGCUUUGUAAUUACUUGACAAUAAUAUGUUAAUGUUCGCAAGUCUCUAUGACUAAGAUGUCGUA